AUUGAAUUCCGAUGACGACAGCAGAGCUAUUCAGCUCGAGACUUGCUCACGUAUAUACUGGCUCCUACCACUUUUGUGCGAGAUUUGGAUUAUAUAUGUGUGACUAUAUACAUUUACGCUUGUCAUAUAUGGGGUAAGGAGACAAAUCGGGUAAACAUGAGCGUUUUACCUUUACGACGCCGCACUAGUAGCUCGAGCCAGGCGGUCAAAUACACCCCUUGCUCAAACGGUGAUCGCUCAGACGAUGAUGAGCUUAAUGAUAUCUCUGUGUUGAGUACGAAUGGAAAAGACCCGGGAGGAGCAGAAAACGGAGUAUAUGAUCGAGAAGGAGACGAUCUUUCGGUUGGAAUGUCGGAUAACUUGACGUUAAGUCACGAUGGAGAUAGUAUGGAUAACGACCUUCACCACUCUCAUAUUGUAACUGCUAAUGGGCCAAGAAUGCUCCCGGGUCCCGGGAGUAGUCCAAGCCCAGGAACACCUCGAGGUGAUAGAACUAAGCUCAUUGGCGCUAGACUCAGCUCUAGUGGAAAAAUAAACCUAUCUUCGCCAGUAUACACGGGAAAGGUUAUAGAACAACGGGCUCGGACAAGGUCUAGUUCAAAACAAAGUUUAAUUGAUAUAGUUAAUCGAGUCACAGGUAGAAAAAAUUUAAGUUAUUCCAAAGAAGAAGUCGCAUUUUUAAAUAAGGCUCGCUCAAACGACACGAUGUCGUCACAUAAUGUCCAUAACGUCAACGUGCGAAAAAUACGUCGCAAAGAACUCCACGAAAAAUUUGGCGGUAAAAAGAAAUUAGAAAGUAUUGAAACAAUGACAAAUGUAACCGUGAAAGAAGGUUGUAAAUGGACGUUUGUGUUUGACCCUGCUGGAAGAUUAGCGUAUUGGUGGUCAUUAGUUAUAAGUCUAGCAUUCUUGUACAAUUUCUGGGUCAUCAUAUAUAGAUCGGCUUUUGACGAAAUUAGAGAAGAAACUGUCGCUAUAUGGUUUACUUUGGAUUAUUUCGCAGACCUGUUAUAUAUGAUGGAUAUAGCGUUUCACUUCCGGACUGGAUAUCUAGAGGAUGGAGUACUGCAAACGGAUAGUACGAAACUACGGAUACAUUAUAUGAAUACCACUAUAUUUUACAUCGAUCUUUUAUGCUUACUUCCUUUAGAUUUUUUAUACCUCUCGGCGGGAUUUCAAUCAAUUUUUAGAUUCUUUAGAUUAGUGAAGAUAUAUCGUUUCUGGAAUUUCCUCGACAGAACAGAAAGACAUACAAAUUAUCCAAAUACUAUUCGCUCAUCUAAAGUGUUACACUAUCUGCUAGCUAUUUUUCAUUGGAACGCAUCGCUUAUUCACCUCGUAAUGCCAAAUAUUUCCAACUCAAAUUACGAACAGAAUUAUUUAAUAGUUGAUAGGAACUCGACAGUCCAAGAAAAGGAAGUUGUGUUUGUAUAUUUGAAUUCUCUCUACUGGAGCGUAUUAACGCUUACUACUAUUGGAGAACUACCUCGACCAGAAAGGAAGGAAGAAUAUUUAUUUGUGAUCUUUGAACUGGUGGCAAGUUUGUUACUGUUCGCUACCGUCCUUGGGCACAUUGCUAACAUUGUCGCUAGUGUCAGUGCUUCGCGGAAAGAAUUCCAAGCUAAACUCGAUGGUGUAAAAACGUACAUGUCACUAAGGAGAGUACCUCUACACCUCCAAGACAGGGUUAUAAAAUGGUUCGACUACCUGUGGAUAUCCAACAAAUCAUCGGACGAAAACAAAACACUGAAACUGCUCCCAGAAAAGCUGAAGGCUGAGAUUGCCAUUCACGUUCACUUGGAUACUCUUAAACGGGUGGAUAUAUUCCAAAAUACUGAAGCGGGGUUUCUGUGCGAGCUCGUCCUACGAUUAAAACCAGUUCUCUUUUCCCCGGGAGAUUACAUCUGUAGAAAAGGCGAAGUUGGAAAAGAAAUGUAUAUAGUAAAUAGAGGCCGCCUCCAGGUUGUGGCAGAUAACGGUAAAACGGUUCUUGCAACCUUAAAGCCAGGGUCCUAUUUUGGAGAGAUCAGUAUACUCAAUAUGGGGACUGCGGGGAAUAGGCGGACAGCCUCAGUUCGAUCUGUAGGAUAUUCCGAUUUAUUCUGCUUGUCAAAAAAGGAUCUCUGGGACGUUUUAAAGGAGUACCCAGCCGCAAGGGUUAAACUAGAAUCGAUUGCUGUGAAGCGACUAGAAAAAUAUAAAAAAGCGCCAUUAGAAAAAGCUGCCAUAGCGAGAAGUAAAAGUACCCCGGGGUUAAUCGAAUCAGCUGGAAAGGUACCCUUACAGGCAAUGGUCGUCUCACGGCACUACACCCCUCCGCACACAACGAGCUCAUACGGGCAGUCCUCCAAAGAUUGCCAAUGUAGUGGAAGUUUAGGAUCUAACGAGUCAACGAGAAGCGACAGUGACAAUAAUGGGCAGGGUUGUCCCGUACACAGGAACGCACUACGGGAGGGAUCAGCGACUCCGGAUAAACCCGACGAAACUGAGUCGUGUUCCUUCAAUCAGCGACAUAAUAAUAUGCUUCCACAAUUAAACACUGGAUUAUCAAAAUCUCGAACCCAAUCUAGCAUGGCGUCUGAAACUACUUCGCGGAGAUCGCCUGACAGAGGAACUGUGUCGCCACCUAUGUCACCGGUCUCGACUACGUCACUUCCGCAAAGUCAUCCAAUGGCUGUUCCACCUUGUGUGCCAAACCUCAGUAUAUCACCAAGUGCAAAUGAUGGAGUUACCCACAAUCCUCCUUUUACCAGCACACCAUAUGCAGCAUAUACUCAAAUGAAUGUAUCUCAAACACUGCUAACACCCCAUCCAUAUCAGGGUUCUAUAUCAGUCAGUCCCUGUCCAUCGGCAGGCUCUUCAUACCCUCCAUCAUCACCAAAUCCAAUAAUGUAUUCUCAGUUAUCACCGAUUCCACAAGGAUCACCCAUUCCAACGAACAACCUUGCCAUCACGCCAACUCCAACAAGUGGUGGACACACUCUGUUUCCAUUCAACAACAUUAGCCCUAGUCCAAAUAUGGCAGCCAGUAUGACGUCAUUAUCACGUGACCAAUCACGUGAUAUGUCCCAAGAUAUUUUGCUCCAGGAAAUACAGAGAUUACGUGAUAGGUUGGUUACCUUAGAAACGGAAAACACAACAAUGAGUAUAAAAUUGAACCAACAGCAAUGGGAGGUUGAACAUAGGUUAGCAGAAAUCGAGAUGCAUAUAUGUGGAAGUGAUAGUCUUAGCAAUGGAGAAGACGAGAACUCAAACUCUAAAAUGGAACCGGUUAACAAGGAAUCCAUUAUCUAGCCCAAUUAUCCAUUGUUCCAAUAUACAGUACACAUAAUCUAUAAUUCCAUCUGCAUUGACUACAUGUAUUCCAUAAAAAAUUCCGAUUGUAUAGUUCAUUCAUGUGUGCAGUGUCGUUGAUCGUCGAUUAGUAUGCGUAUAUUACCAAGGCAAUGAUCCAAAUGCAUGCACCAUCACGCAAACUUGCAAUUAACAUACUUCGGUAUAUUCCUCCAUGGACAAUCUAGCAUUCAUUGUACACGAUCGAAACAGCACGGUCAUCAAUCGAUCAUAACUGAUCAAACAAACCCGCAGAUAGUUUGCACAUGCGUAAUUUAGACAACCAGUUCACGAUUCUUGAAAUUCAAUUCCCGGCCGCGGACUUAUUUCUUGUCUGUGGGUUUACCUUAACAUAUUGGCUUGAAUUGAAGUGAGUGUGUGAGUUUUUUUUUUCUAACACGAAAAUGACCGAAGAUGCUUUAAGGAACCAAUCAAAUUCCUUUAAGGGUCAGAUCUUUUGCAAUCUUGCGUGCCGUUAGCCAUAAGUUAGUACCCCGUAGAAUCGAUGAUAGAUGCAGAGCUAAUGUAAAGUAUCUCCCAGUUAGCUUCAGGUUUACAUUUCUAGCUUAUUGUGAUAAAUAUACGG